UCAGCUGCAAGUUCGUGGUUUAGCGGAAAUUUGUGUGAUAUUCUCCAGGUAAUUUUUAAGCGUUUAUAAACUGCAAGCUAGAGUAAAUGAAGAAAAUUGUUUCGCAAGUAAAUUAGCGCGGUACUUCAUUUCUAACACAAUAACAGUUGAGUUUGGCGAGUCUAAUAGUUCGUGAAUAUCUUGUGAUGACGCUGUGGAAGCUAUAUUUGAGGUUUCUGUCUUUUAAUUUUUAAUGGGUACAUAAGGACGAGAUUUUAUUCUGUAUUCGUGAUCACAUCACCUAUAGUGUGCUUGGUGAAGGUGUACGAGUGCUAUAAAUUUUCAGGUUAUGUUCAUAACAACUAAAUACCCGAGUUAUUAGAGCUUGUUGUUUUUGGCCUGUCCGGUAAAAUCGCUACGUGUAUCUUUGUAAAAGAAAUGGCUUAGAAUGCGACGUGUUGUUAGGAGUAGUUUGUCCAUGCAGUGAUCUCCGUCAUGUACUUCGUGACUGACGAGAAAAGGUGGACAGUGUGACAUUCAAACAUUCGCUAUUAGAGGUGGCAAAAAAUAACGUGAUAGAAAUAACCGGUUACUGAGAAGUAACUGUUACUGCGAUAACCGUUUCUCUGAUACAGGCAGUUAUUUCAAUAACUGUCUAGUGUCAACAGUGCCUCGCGCCAUCUGUUGACCGAAGAUCGUAAUACGCUUUCCCGUCAAUUCAUCGGAGAUCUGGCUACGAACGAAGGAGAGUGAUAGACCAUUUGGAAGGCGUUUUAUAGGCCAUGGGAAUAACUGAGACUGCACGCCAUCUGUUGAUUGCAGAACUAAAGCAAUGGACCAGGAGCCAGCUACGUGGAUAAAAAAAGAGGAACUGGACGAAGUGAAAACAGAGAUACCCUUCAUGGCCCAAGUUUACCCAUUAAGCAUGAAUGUAAAAGAAGAGUUGGAGGAGGGUGCAAAUAAAGAGUCCAUUGAAGAUCCAUUGGGAAUAUCAUGGUCCACUGAUUUUAUCAAGGAGGAUCCUGAAUUAAAUUUGGAACUGAGUGUAGCUGAGAAUAUUGUGGAAACCUCAACAAGAUACGCAUCUGAUAGUGCAAGAUUGACUCAGUGUACUGGUGGGAGCAGUGGCAUAUCAUGUGAAGAAACUUGUCACCAUAGACUGGUCCAGGAUGAGUUGUUGAUAGACAUGGAGAAGUCAGCACAAGAGUUUGGUACCAAUACAGAAGAUAUGACUGUUGAUAAGAACUGCUCACUUGCCACGCGAUAUAACUGUAGUACGUGGGAAAAGGAAUUACAUGUAUAUAACUGUAAUUUCUGCCAACAGAGCUUUCCUUCAAAAUACAGAUUCAUAAAGCAUGUGUUUAUGCACAUUGAUGGCAUGGAACCACCUUCGUAUGUUUGUAAGUGGUGUGGUGAGGUAUUUCACAGUAAUGUUAGUUUGAAAAAACAUUUGCGAAUGAGUGAGAAUUACCAUUUCUCAACUGCCGGCAACCAUGAAAAUUAUGGCUAUGGCGAUGAGCAUCAAAGCACUAACUUCUCAGAUAGUGAGCCAGAAGUUUCUGUCACAGAACUCAAUAAGCUGAAUUCAUACAAGGAAACAUGGAAAGCUGCAAACAAGUCUGAUAAUGACAUAGGUAACACACUUCUGACAAAUGAUACAGAGGAAACAAAUCAUUAUGGAACUUUAUCUACAACUGUUAAUGUCAGUUUCCAGGGUAAUCUACUUACUGCAAACAGAACCCACAAAUGUGACAUUUGUGGCAAAUCUUUUGCUGGUGCAGGCAAUCUCAAGAAACACGUAUUAAUUCACACUGGAAAGAAACCUCACAAGUGUGAGAGUUGUGGGAAAUCUUUUGCUUUCCCAAGCGAUCUAAAGCAACAUGUAUUAUUUCACACUGGAAAGAAACCUCACAAAUGCGAUAUUUGUGGGAAAUCUUUUGUUGUCUCGAGCGAUCUCAAGAAACACACAUUAAUUCACACUGGAAAGAAAUCUCAUAAAUGUGAGAUUUGUGGAAAAUCUUUUGUUUUGUCAAGCGGACUCAAAACACACAUAUUACUUCACACUGGAAAGAAACCUCAUAAAUGUGAGAUUUGUGGACAAUCUUUUGCUGGUGCAGGCAAUCUCAAGAAACACGGAUUAAUUCACACUGGAGAAAAACCUCACAAAUGUGUGAUUUGUGACAAAUCGUUUACCCGGUCAGCUAAUCUCAAGGCACACACGUUAAUUCACAAUGGAAAGAAACCCCACAAAUGCGAUAUUUGUGGGAAAUAUUUUGCCCAGUCAGCUUAUCUCAAGCAACACUCAUUAAUUCACACUGGAAAGAAACCUCAUAAAUGUGAAAUUUGUGGGAAAUCUUUUGUUUUGUCAGGUGGACUCAAAACACAUACGUUACUUCACACUGGAAAGAAACCUUAUAAAUGUGAGAUUUGUGGGCAAUGUUUUGCUGCUGCAGGCAGUCUCAAGAAACACGGAUUAAUUCACACUGGAGAAAAACCUCACAAAUGUGAGAUUUGUGGCAAAUCGUUUACCCAGUCAGCUAAUCUGAAGGCACACACAUCAAUUCACACUGGAAAGAAACCCCACAAAUGCGAUAUUUGUGGGAAAUCUUUUGCCCAGUCAGCUUAUCUCAAGAAACAUGCAUUUAUUCACACUGGAAAGAAACUUAAAUGUGAGAUUUAUUGGUAAUCUUUUGUUUUCUCAAGCGUUCUCAAUAAACGUAUCACUGUGCACUGGAGAGAAACCUCCUACAUGUGAGAUUUGUGGGAAAUCUCAAGACACGGUAAUUAAUUCACACUGGAAAGAUACCUAACAAAUGUGAAAUUUGUGACAAAUCGUUUGCCCAGUUAGGUUAUCUCAAGAAACAUACAUUAAUUCACAGUGGAAAGAAACAUCACAAAUUUGAUAUUUGUGGGGAAUCUUUUGUUAGGGCAGGCUAUAUCAAGACACAUCAUUCAUAUUCGCUGGGAAAAUACCUCACAAAAGUGAUGUAGUGAUCAAUCUUAGAUCAGCUGAUCUCAAGGCAGAUGCAUUAGAACACAUUGGAAGGGGACCACACAAAUGUGAUAUGUGACAAAAGGUGCACUCAGUUGGGCACU